GUAGUAGUGGAGAGUCAGUCAAGAAAAAUCCAACCUCGUCCGCAGACGGAACCCAUUCGAAAGUUAUCAUUUCCCGAAGCAACACACAACAAAUCGGGCCCACAUAUCUGCUGGUUACAGGUUCUCCGCAGAGUGUGUUUCGGAUCGAAUCGAAUCGAAAAGUUUUUUUUUUUCCGGGAAUUUUGUGUGUCACGAAAUCCGGCAGCGGAUCGUCCGUCGCGGAGUGGUGAAAAGUCAGUGGCGGAGUGCGGUGACUCAAGAUUGGAAAAAUCAUCCACGAAACCGUCGACGACGACGACGAAGGGAGAAGAAGUCUGGAUAGUAAAUUCUGAAAUUGGUGAAAAUAGUGGUGUCAGAAGCAGAGAAGCAAGAAAAUCUGUGUCGAACAAGUGACGCGUGGUGGCGACGGGAAAAAGGGGGCGGGACGGAGUCAGCAUGAAGCAACCGGCAUCGGCGGAGGCAGACCGGGGCGCCACUAAGGCCAACCGACCCAGUCAGCUGCUGACCAAUGACGAGAAUGAGCAGCUCUUCGGGCUGCUGGGAAGACGGUGUCAGACCCAGUGCACUGCAGUGGUGCAGCUUUACAUGACGCAAUCGCCGGCGCACGCUUCCUGGGUGAAGAAAUGGACCGGUGCGCUGUGCUUCAUCAAGGACAACAUCCGCAAGUCGUACUUUUUCCGCCUCUACUGCCUGAAAGCCAACCGGCUCGUGUGGGAACAGGAACUGUACGACAAGAUCGAGGCCACCAAGCCGAGGCCGUUUCUGAUUGUGUUCGAGGGCGAGGAGGGUAUCGUGGCUUUCAACUUUGCCACGGAGGAUGAGGCGACUGCAUUUAUGAACACCACUACCUCGACGGUCACAAACAGAAAUCGGCGAAGAGAUGAACGCCUCAAACGGAGCAGCACCCGUAAGGAUCCACCUCCGGCGCGGCCACCACCGGUUUCCAACCAAAAAGAUACGUUCGAAAACACUGUCACACUCCGCAAUAAGCCAUCGUUUUCAGCUCCGGUGAUUCCGAACACUGCCUUCCAGCCGCAGCCUCAUCACCAACAGCAGCAGCAGCAACAGCCCCACCAACGACCGACCAAAACCAAGGGUAAGUCCCGCCUACGCAAGGAGGACAUUGGCAUGCCGUCGAAUUUCAAGCACCUGACACACGUCGGUUGGAGUCCGACCAGUGGCUUCGACCUGAGCGGCGAGGAGGAAACGCUGAAACCGUUCCUCGUGAAGGCGGGCGUGGAUGAUAGACUUUUGAAGGAUCGCGAAACGCGCGAAUUCAUCUACGACUUCAUUCAGAACCAUCGGGUGUUGGAUACGAUGAAGUCGGAGCAGAGUGGCAGUCGUAAGCAGAAACCUCCGGCGCCGCCACCCGUGCCCAUCCGGAGCAAUCACGAGCAGCAGCCGGUGCAUGAGAAUGGUAAACAACGGAACCCACCGCCACCGCCUCCCAACAGGACCCUGCCGCCAUUGCCUGUGACGACCCCACCAAAGGUAAAUCCAGCGCCUUCGCGACCACCUCCGAUUCACCAGUCGCAACCAGCUGCCCCAGCAGCACCGAUUCCGGGACCACCACCACCACCUCCGCCUCCACCUGCCUCCACUGGUGCCGUUCCACCGCCUCCGCCUCCGAUGGCACCGGGAUCGCUUAAACCGCAAGCGCCCGCCGCUCCUGUACCUGUCAUAGACGAUAAUCGGUCUGCCCUGAUGGACAGCAUUCGCAAGGGAGCAGCCCUAAAGAAAGUGGACCAAGGCGCACUGAGCACCGGCAGCGGUAGCGGUGGCGACCCGAGAAAUGACCUCCUGUCGCAGAUUCGGGACGGUAUCGAACUGCGACGGGUUGCGGAUCGCGAGCAGAAUGCCGACCGCAGCAGUGGCAGCGCCGGCAGCGGGGACGUUGGAACCGACGCCCUGGCCGAUGCCCUCCGGCGGGCUCUGGCCGAACGAGGCCGCGUGAUUCGAUCGAGCGACGAAGACGACAGUGAUUCCAACUCGGCCAACGACGAUUGGGAUGAUUAGGAAGGAACUAGCGGUGCGCAAGUUCGAACGAAGGAGGUAAGUUAUUAAAUGUGGAAAACAAAGUCAACUGCAUAACUGAGAGAACACGGUGCCAAAUCAAAGUGAGUUGGGGUAAAAAGGUAGUCGGAACAGCCUACGGAAAGGUGUUCCGGAGGAACAGGUUACCGAGAGACAGAGAUAGAGAAAGAGAGAGAGAGAGUAGUUAUAAUGUUCAAUAAUAUCGGAAAUUGCACAGAUGCCGAUGGGUUAUUCCUUAGCGAUUCUGUGCAGCGUAUUUUAAGAGGCACAUGCCUUUAUUUUAAAUUGUAUCAUUUUUGUUUUCCCUAAAGUAUUCAGUGCGCUGCCUUUUUAAUUGUAUAUUUAUAUCGAUAAUUGGAAGUUUUAAUAGCUUUAUUUAAAUAUCUUGAUGUAGCGGUGGCAAUCUAAAACGGCGCCAAAAUCUUUCCCUGUAGUACUCUCACUUCACACCAGCACCGACGGGAAGAAAAAAAAACAAGUUUACAAAAACCUAACCUCACUGUCUUUCUCUCUUCGCACUCUGCGAACAGUAAAAAAGAGCUCCAGCUAUUGUCGAUCGAUCGGUCAAAUAGAGGAAACAAAAUGCUUUCCUUCGAAAUUUAUGUAUGGGACACUUAGGCCGACAUUAGGGACAUUAACCCUACGAAGCCGGAACAAAUAUGUGUUUCGAAGCGAAACCUCCGCGGGCUCUGCUCUGUUCAACAAGAACGAAAGUAGGUGAAUUGCUAUUAUAAUUCUUACAAGCGUAAUAAAGCUAUCUGUUUGGCUAACAAUCGCAUUUUUCUCCCCCUAAUUCAACUUUAGAAAGAAAAAAAUAGUUCUAUUAAAUGUAGUGUGAUUCAUUCAAACAAUAAUAGAGGGAAGACUAACAAUAGUUAUGAUGAGAAUGUAAGUAGUAGCGCACUUGUUGAUUAGUCAAAUUAGUAGGCAAGUCACUAAACAAGGAAAGAGAAUAAGUUUUAGGUGUUUCGAAGUUAAACUAAAGUUAAAAACUUCCAUUUAAAAAUUUUGUGUUUGAAAUUACUAGACGAUUGUUUAUUUUACUAUAAUUUCCUUUUAAAAAAAACGGAAGGUGUAGAGUGAGUGUAAAUAUUUUAAAUCAAUUUAUUGAAUUACAGUAAUUACUCGAUUUUGUCAGCCCCUACACGCAUCAGACUUUUAGCUUUCAAUAAUUUCACAUAACCGUAAUUCCAAAUCUUUCUCAUUCACUGAAAAAGUGCAUGGGUUUUGUAAAACCCCAGAAAUGAUUUUCAAUAAGGGGGCUGGCAAAAUCUGGUCAAUACCGAGUACUACCUACCUACAACUACUACUUGAAAGUAACAGUAACAAUCCAAUUGAAGCUAUCACAACCGAAGUGGCGAAAAUCGAGAUCGUUAGUUCUAGCGCCAAUGUAGACCAAUAAGUUGAGAUCGUGUAUGUAAAUUGUUCUAGGUUUAUCAUCCGUUAUACUUGAAUGUGUAUUUCUUUUGCCCUAUCUUUAUCCCUAUUGUUCCGAACUCUCUGUUGUUCAGGCCUACCUAAAUUUUAACUGUUUAGUUGUGAACCUUUACAUAUGUGUAUUCUGUAUCUAUUCUGUAACGAAAUAUUAGAAAG